CACAACACAAUGGUCCCGCUUCUGUUCUUGGUGGCAACCACAACAACGGCCAAUUCCAGCAGCAAUGGCAACAGUACACGAGAGGGCGUCACGUCCACCGGCCAACACGUCCUCCCCACAGUGCUGGUCCUGUCCCUGCUGCUGCUCAUCAUCGCACUGCUGGCCUGGUACUUCCUCAGGUUAAAAAACCAGAGGAAAGCGGUGGUCACCACAGUGGACAAGAAGAUACCCAAUGGCAUCCUGGAGGAACAAGACCAAACGACGGUGGUCCUGCUGCCCAGAUCCGCGUCGGCCUCCAAGAACUACCCCCCGCUCGCCAUGGAGCAUCUGGAGGACGAGUACCGGCUCCGCUCGGCCGACGACGGCAAGCUCUUCCGAGAGGAGUACAACUCUCUGGCAGGGGGUAACGCCCAGGGGACGUACGAGGAGGCCAACAAGGACAACAACAAGGAGAAGAACAGAUACCCCAACAUCCUUCCAUAUGAUCACUCCAGGGUGGUGCUGACCCAGCUGGACGGAAGCCCCGCAUCCUCCGACUACGUCAACGCCUCCUACAUCGACUUUGUCCUGGUUAUGAGGCAGUUCGCAGACUACUUCCUGUUUAUUGAUUAG